AUGGCUCAAGCCUUUGACGACGACGACCUCUCACUUUCCAUGACCCGUCGCCCAACCAAUGCCUCGCAAAACGACGACUCAAAUCCACCCACAGCCCAUGCCGCUAUCUCAAAAUCUCAACCUGCCCCCCCUGUCGCCAACAAGAGACGAUUGGGUCAAUAUGACAUUGUCAGGACGUUAGGCGAGGGCUCCUUCGGCAAAGUCAAGCUGGCCGUUCACAAGGUCAGCGGUCAGAAAGUCGCCCUCAAAAUCAUCCCCCGCCAGAAGCUCGUCACUCGCGACAUGGCUGGCCGUAUAGAACGCGAGAUUCAGUACCUGCAGCUGCUGCGCCAUCCCCACAUCAUCAAGCUUUACACCGUCAUAACCACCCCGAAGGAGAUCAUCAUGGUCCUCGAGUACGCCGGCGGUGAACUGUUCCAGUACAUCCUGGACCAUGGACGCAUGGCCGAAGACAAGGCCCGCAAGUUUUUCCAGCAAAUCGUCUGCGCCGUCGAAUACUGUCAUCGUCACAAGAUUGUCCACCGUGAUCUCAAGCCUGAGAAUCUGCUCCUCGACGAUGCACUCAAUGUCAAGAUUGCCGAUUUUGGUCUGAGCAACAUCAUGACCGAUGGAAACUUCCUCAAGACCAGUUGUGGUAGUCCGAAUUAUGCUGCCCCGGAAGUUGUCGGAGGCAAGCUGUAUGCCGGUCCUGAGGUAGAUGUCUGGAGUUGUGGUGUAAUUCUCUAUGUUUUGCUCUGCGCCCGCCUUCCCUUUGACGAUGAAUACAUCCCGACGCUUUUUAAGAAAAUCCAGUCCGGCACCUAUCAUACGCCAAGCUACAUCUCAUCGGGCGCCGCUCGUCUGAUCAAACGAAUGCUGCAAGUCAGCCCCGUCACUCGUAUCACCAUCGAUGAGAUCAAGCUCGAUCCCUGGUUUCUCAAGGACCUGCCCGAUUAUCUUACACCACCUGUCGAGGAAUUCAUGGAUCAGGCCAUCGACCCCAACAGAUCAAUCGACCCGGCGAAGUUGGCCCCUACGAAACCUGCAGUGGUGCAGCAGAAGUUGCACGAGAGCGUCGUCGGUAAACUGGGCAAAGCUAUGGGUUACGCAAAGGAUGAUGUGACAGAGGCCCUCGCCAAGGAUGAGCCCAGCGCCAUCAAGGACGCCUAUCUCAUUGUCCGCGAAAACACCAUCAUGAAAGCCAACCCCUCGCUCGCACACAACCCAGAACUACAGCCGUGGCUCGCCCAGUCACCGCCAACCUUCCAAACUACUGUCACUUCUCCACCAAACGCUCGUAACCCCGCACCCGGAACAUCCAAUCCAGCAUCAAAUGUCGAACAUCCCCGCCAUGGUUCUACCAGUUCCGCUCACGAAGCUCGGACCCCAGCGACAACAAUCGGUAUAUUACCUUCGUCACUCCCCUCUUUCCACCAAGCAUACAUGCAGGGUACUACUCCCAGAGCUGCUAUUCCGGAAGGCGAACUCGAUCCUUAUGCCCCUAACAGUGUGCCUGGAGGUGAGGGUAAGGAACUGACAACUGAACAACGCGCUGCUGUUCUCAGAAGAUUGAGGCCUCAUGUCAAGGGUAAUCAGAUUGGAGGUCGAGACAAGCCUGAGAUGAUGACGCCUCUACCCAACAAGGAUGCGAAAAAGAUCAAACCAACCAAGUGGCAGUUCGGUAUUCGCAGUCGCAACAGUCCUUCGGAAGCAAUGUUGGCAAUCUUCAAGGCGCUGAAAGCAAUGAACGCUGUGUGGGAAGCUCCUGUAAUGCGACGUCCAGGUCAUGGUGAAGGCAGUCCUCCACGGAAUCGUAGGCGUCAUGCCAGGGACGGAAGCCAGAGUCCUGAAUAUUCCGACUCGGAUCCCGAGGCCGGCACUGAUCCUGAGUAUUCUACCCACGAAGAGCGCGCUAGACGUCGUUCUCGCGGCGAUCAUGCGUCAGACAUGUCAGAUGACGACUUUGGAGAAGAAUUGUCUCGCAGCCAAGGUCGCAAAUCAAAUGUCCGCGAACCUCUUGGACCCGAGAACGACUGGGGCUACAAGAUCCCUGAGGACCCGUGGAUCAUCAACGCAAGGUUCCGCAAGGACGGCAUGUUCCCACCUGGUGUAGCACAUCCCUCUUCAACACAUUCAAGCCGCGUAGACCUUCACGAAGGCAUCCGCCGCCGCAGUUCAACAAUGGGCAGCAGCACCAGUCUAGCAGCCUCACCCGCAGGUUUCAACUCACCCGUCCAACCCAGCAGUGUUCACGGCAGCGCCCACGCAUCUACCGACAACAUUGCCGCUACAGGACCUGGCAGCUUUGGCCAAGAUAGCCUGCGUCGCCGCCAUCCAGCACCCAACGAGAGCGCAUGGGUAUAUGUGACCAUUCAGCUGUACUGCAUCGAGCAAGAUAGCUUCAUGGUUGACUUCAAGUGUGCUGGCUACGAACGUCUGGUGCGUCGCUUGAGACGUGAAAUCAAGACGCACGCGGAUGGUGAAGCGUCGGAUGUGUGGCGCGAAGAAGAUCAUGACGACGAAGAUAUGGAUGAGGGAUACAUGGGCUGUGGACGCAUACCGGAGGAAAAGGACAUUUCCAGUCCGUUCCCCUUUAUGGAUGUGGCCAGCAGUCUUAUUGUACAAUUGGCUCAGGGCGCAUAA